CAGAUGUCUAAUGCAAAUAACAUAACAAUUUAUUACUAUUUUUAUGUAUUUAUAGAUAUAUAAAAGGAUUACUUUUUGUAAAAUAUGACAAGAUCACAUGUGAAGUAUCAAAUUGCCAAGGAUACAGAUGAUACAUCAGACUAUUUUUUGCAACCUGUUCAAGAAUAUUCAAAUGUAUCCAAGAAAGAAGUAUCCCUUUGGAAAAAAACGUUUAGGAUACUUUUACUAAUUUUAUGUUACUUUGUCUUGUCUGUAGGUUUAACAUUUUAUGUACAAUGGCUUUACAAUACAUAUGGAUUUCAUUAUCCUCUUAUUGUAGUGAUAUGCCACUUGUUAAUUAAAUUUUUAUUCGCCGCUUCAAUAAGAUGUAUCAAAACAUGUUGGGGAAAGCAACAACAAUUAAAGCUCCCCUUGCAAAGCAUAAUAGGGACGAUUAUGCCACUUGGCAUAGCCAGUGGUCUUGAUGUUGGUCUAUCAAAUUGGGCAAUUUCAUUAAUUACAAUAUCAUUGUACACAAUGACAAAAUCCACUGCUAUUAUUUUUAUCCUUGGGUUUGCUCUUUUCAUGAAAUUGGAAAAAAAGGUAAAAGUGUUUAUAUGUACGAGCACACCACAUGAAAAAUUUAAGGAUGUAUUGGCUAUACAGUCAAUCCCAAAAGUUUAUGCACUUUACAAACUCAUUUUUUAA